AUGAAAGAAACCGGCAUUUGUGAGGUUUGCGGAGCUAGGUUUGGGUUUAUUUACUGGAAAAGGUUCUGCGCCAAAUGCAAGCGGAACUGCUGCAAGGAUUGCCUCAACUCAGUGGUAAAAGGAGGCGUACCCGACUCACCUGACUUUGAUAGGCUUAAACUAUGCUCAGAUUGCAUUGUUGCUGAGUCUACCACUCAGUCGAUUUCGAUCCACGAGGACCUUGAGAUGACGGGCCAAAUUAACUCGUCCUUGAAGCUUGAAUUGAAGCAGAAAAUAAUGGCUCUAGAGAAGUUUAGAAACCUCUUACUUCAAAUCGCAUCUACUUUUGGACCUAAUUCAGAUUUAUUACCCAACUCAGAUUUAUACAACACUAAUAAUACGCUGAAUACCAUAGACUCACCUAUUGGUUCAGAUCCACAUAAAACUAGUGAUAGACCACCAAAUUCUGAUUUUAAUACACCUUUAGAUUCAAUAAAUAGUACAGAUUCCCGGCCAAAUAAUUUUUCAACAAACUCAGGUCGAAAUACAACAACUGAUAGUUUCGUCAGUUGUGAUAGAUUUACCAAUGAGCCCAGCAUACAAAAUGGGCUGGAUAACGAUUAUUAUGACAUCGGAGAACUCGUGAGUAAGUGUCAGGACGAAUUUGAAAGCAUGCGCGAGAAGAUCCGAACAAUGAGGAGGAGGUACGAGAGUUCAAUAAUAAACGAGGAGAUAAUGAAAAUUGAAAUGGACCGAAUAAGCAAGGAGCUUGAACUUGUUUCAAACGAGCGUGAUUCCCUACGCUCAUCGGUUUCCCAGCUAAAAAUUCUCACCUGUGAUAUGGACGACUUGAAGCAGCAGUAUGAGGACGUUUUGAACGAGCGCGAAAUGCUUCUGGCUAGGUGUAAGAAGCUUGAACUUCUUCUCCACUCUCCCCGUCCUGCCCUUCAUAACGUUUCCAGAAACCUUCAAAACCCGAACACUAGACGUGAGUUUAACCGCUUUCGGUUCUGGCUGUCCUCCACUUACUGUCCUCGCUUCUAUAGCAACCCUUAA